AUGUCUUCGAUUCGCCGGGGCACUGCGAUUGACGCCUGCGUAACCGCGCAUGACAGGCGGGUCUAUGUUCAGGAUGAGUCAGACUGGAUUGUUGAACUUAUCCACUCUGACGGCAAAUGGAGCCAAGGAGAGAGAUUGGUUGAGGCAGCCCCGGGGGCUGGGUUUUCCGCUGUUUGGUGGGAUCAACUCGGUGCAGCCAAUUCCGAGCUUGAUCUUUACUACGUGAGUAAGGAUUUUAUCCUUAGUGAGAUGUGUUGGAGGAAGGAGAAGGGCUGGUGGAAAGGAAGUCUUGCCACUAAAUCUUUGCGACUGAAUCCCCAGUCUCACAUUGCAGCUAGAGUUCAACAAACUAGCAGUACAUUCAAGACGGCUUUGCGACUUCAUGUGGUUUUCCAAAUGGAAGACAACCGCAUUUGUCAUUCCUCUUACGAAUCUGAAUGGAAAUUAUCCAAACAAGACCUAGGAUAUGGGCUGCCGGGAACUUCUCUAACUUCUCCGGAUCACAAGUUCCAAAAUCGCGCAAGUUACCAGCCACGAGUAUUCUACGUAAAGCCCGAUGGCAAGGCCGCAGAACUUUGCGCGGAUGGAUCUGGUGGAUGGUGGACUGGGAACUUCUCUACCGAGAUUAGUGAAGGGUCCAAAAUGGGUGGUUGCUUUGACGUCAGUGGAGACUACGUCUAUGUCUAUGUGCAAAAUAAGGAGGAUGCUUCAAAGAUAGAUGAGUGGAGGGGUGGCAAAUGGAAGAUUAUAAACUCUCUCACUCUGAAUGCAUGA